AUUUCCACACGUACCCCGUCUUCAUUCUCUUUCUUCGUUCCUAUUGGCUCAGCUGUAAUAACCAUUUGACAAAUGAUAACGGGCGCCGUUUGAGAAUCGACCAAUCGGCUUGAAGAUGCAAAUUCCUUUCAAAUUUUUCCCGGGAAAUCUGAGUUUCGCGCUAGGCGGCUUUUCGCGCGUAAAAACCGCAUCCCCCUUCAUUCAUUGUCCGCUUCCUGGAGCCAUUUUUUCCGAAGCGGCUCCGAGGGGGAAGUUCGCCCUCUCGCUCGGUCGUCGUUCUCGCGUCCAUCUGCCGCUUUUGCGCCGCUGAUCUUUGGCGAUCGCGCUCGAAAUGAACGCGUGAGACCCUCCUUUCUCGAUAUCUGCAAAUAUUUUGUGGCUGCGUUUGUGGGAUUUCCAGAAAAAUCUAAUCGAAGUACGAGAGGUACAACAAGAGGGAGAAGAUGAGGAAGGGGGUCGCGGUGGUGUCGGACAGAACGGUCGUGUCGGCUCCUCGUAUCGAGCCGAACGUGGGGUCGAUUUCAGGCUCCGAUCGGCGCUCCACGGUUUAUAGCACCGCGCACAUCCAAGUGAUCACGCCGCCUUCGCAGCCCAAUCAUGUCCGGGUGGCUUCAUCCGGCAGCUUGUACGCGACUCCUCUCCAAGGAUCUGCAAACGGAACCGGCUUGCGACCUGCUUUAGGACGACCUCCGGCCAAAAGGCGUUUAGAGUUGGACAUCGCAGAUCAUCAGUACAGUGAACCGGCCCGAACACCGAGGGGUCGCAGAGCAGCUCUCCGAAUGAAGAGCCCUAAAGCUCCUAAAACCCCACCUGAGAAGUCCCGCUAUGACACGUCCCUCGGCCUCCUGACCAAGAAGUUCUGCCAGCUCCUGGCGCAGUCCUCGGAUGGCGUGUUAGACCUGAACCAGGCUGCCGACACUCUCAACGUUCAGAAGAGACGCCUGUAUGACAUCACCAAUGUACUGGAGGGGGUGCGUCUCAUCAAGAAGAAAUCGAAGAACAACAUCCAGUGGCUGGGCUCGACUCUACCCUCAGAAUCAGGGCCGUUGUGUCCUCUCGGCCCUCUGCAGAAUCUCGGCCGAGAGAUGCUGGCCCUGCGAGACGAGGAACGACGACUCGACGAGCUCAUUCAGGCCUGCACUAACAACGUGCAGCAGAUGACCGAGGAAAUGCACAACCAGAAGUAUGCCUACGUCACGUACCAGGACAUCCGGAGAAUCAAAAGCUUGCAGGAUCAAACUGUUAUAGCGGUAAAAGCGCCUUCCGAAACCAAACUGGAGGUUCCUGAUCCAAAAGAGAGUUUACAGGUGCAUCUUAGCAGCUCGAAAGGCCCCAUCGAUGUCUACCUAUGCACGGACACCGGUGAGACAGGGAGUCCGUUGCGGAAUGGUGUGGACGUAAAUGGAAACGACACUACCUUCCUGCGAAUGUCUAAAGAAGAAACCAAAGACAUAGAAAUCAGCGAGUAUAACCAGCCGAACAGCAGCGUGACGCAGUCUGGGACGGCACCCUUGUCUCCCUUCAGCUCGUCUCUGUCGUCCAUCCUGGGCCCGUUUGUGACGCUCUCGCCCACGCUCCUGGGAGAUGAGUACCCGCUGGGCAUGGACGAGGAGCAGGGAAUCAGCGAUCUGUUCGACUCCUACGACCUCGACAUGCUGCCUCUGGACGAGCUGCUCAUGGUGUGAGGGGAACAGGAGACGCUUCACGUCACGUUUUGUUACUAUGGUGGGUUGUGGGUAUGGACUUGCAAUGAUGAAAUGAGACACUCCGGUACAGUCGGGAUCAGACGGAUUUUCGGAACCGCUCACGUUUGGUAGUUUUGAUACUUUUUUGUUUUUGUUUGUAUUUGUCAUUCUGUACAUCCAGAUGAAAUGUUUGUCUUUAUCUUUUAAAGUGUGAUGUUUGCAUAGAGUAGUGGACAUCGUAGUGGAAAAGUCUCGGACUUGAGCCGCAAAGCUAAAACCUCAGAAAAAAACAACUUUGCGUCAAAUCGGUCUGCCAUUUAAGAGAAAAAAAACAGCUGUACACGAUCAAAACUGCACGGUUAUCUCAUUUCACUUUUUUUUACAGGUUAAAUACUAAGCUAAAGAUUCCUACCUUAUAUUUUAAACCCACUACUGUAUCAUAUAGGAUGUUGCCCUAGCGAGCGACAGACGAGUCGUUCGUUCUCUAUAUAUGUGGGGGGGUUUUAAAUCUAUUUUCUAUGUAUGCACUAUAAUUUCAGAAGGUAAAGGAACAGAUAAAUGGAAA